AUGCAGCUCGCCCUGCUCCUGUCCUGGUGCUGCUGCCUGCAGGGCUGCGCGCUGGGCACCGGCUUCCUCUACCAGUUCCCGGCGUCCACCCUGCAGCACAACUACCCGGAGCAGAGCUCGGGCUCGCCGGGCAGCGGCUUCGCCACUCGCCGGCACUGGUGUCACUACACAGUCACCAGGACAGUGUCCUGCCAGGUGCAGAACGGCUCAGAGACAGUGAUCCAGAGAGUCUACCAGAGCUGCCGCUGGCCAGGGCCCUGUGCCAACCUGGUGAGUUACAGGACUCUCAUCAGGCCCACAUACAAAAUGUCCUACCGCACGGUGACGGCGCUGGAGUGGAGAUGCUGUCCUGGCUUCACGGGGAGCAACUGCGAGGAGGGUAAGUCAGGGAGGCAGCAUGGCAGAAGUGCAACCAGAGACAAGUGCAUGAACUGCACGAGGCUGGCGGACAUGAGCGAGAGGCUGACCACGCUGGAGGCCAAGAUCCUCCUGCUGGAGGCUGCGGAGCGAAGCCCAGCGCUGGAGAACAACCUGCCCAUCACUGGCACUACUGCCACCUGGUAUGGAGACCUGCUGCCAGAUGCCUUUCCCCUGCUGAACCCUGGCACUGUGCUCAGGAAAAGAGUGGGGCCUGCUGAGCCCAAAGGACACAGAGGUGCAGAGGAGCAGCUCAUCCCACAGGGGCUGCCAGGACAGGUUGGUCCUCCAGGCCCAGUGGGACCAACUGGUCUUCCAGGGCCACCAGGGCCAAAAGGAGAGAAGGGACAACCGGGUGAGAGAGGCCCAGCAGGGCCCCCAGGGCUGCUGGGACCUCAAGGACCAAGAGGACUUCCAGGAGAAACUGGGAUCCCAGGUCCCCCAGGUCCUCCAGGGCCACCAGCCACCCCAAGCCUUCCUCUGACCUUCCAGCAAGGAGUCCUCUACUCACUGCAGCCCACAGCUGAGAAAGAAAAUGGAGAACCCCAGCUGGCCUCCACCGUCAUCGACACCAUCAUGGCCGGCCUGCCAGGACCACGGGGAGCCCCAGGCCCUGUGGGGCCACCAGGGCCCCCAGGUGCCUCCGGACCCAAAGGGCCCCCAGGACCUGCAGGAGUCCCAGGAUCACAGGGCUUGCCAGGCCCUCCAGGCCAACCUGGACCAAAAGGCUCCAAAGGAGACCGAGGAGAGAGAGGGCAAGCAGGGCUGCCUGGAGAGAGGGGCAUUAAGGGAUCUCCUGGGGAGCCAGGCAAGAAGGGUGAGGAAGGUGACAAAGGUGCUGAUGGGGAAGGUGUGCAGCAGCUGAGAGAAGCCCUGAAGAUCCUGGCUGAGAGGGUAUUAAUUCUUGAGCACAUGAUAGGGAUCCACGACUCUUUGUCUUCCAUUGAGCCAGGCUCCGGACAGGACGGCAUCCCGGGCUCCCCCCUGCGGCCCAGCAUCAAGAUCAAGCGCGGAGGACCCCCGCAGCCGCAGGCACAGCAGAUCCUCUCCUCGCUGCUGGACGAGGGCGAAGCCAGGAGGAGAAGCGGCCGGAUGAAGUAG